AUGCAUCACGGUCACCAAUACCCGCUUCCUUGUUUGUAUUGCCACCCUUAUAGCUAUAUUAGGAUGGUUCAGAAUCUCAUUGAGAGGUGCAUGCUGUUUCACAUGAGCCAAGAACAGUGCGUAAGGGCUCUGGCAAAACAUGCAGGAAUUAGACCACUUGUCACUGUUACAGUGUGGAAAGAGUUGCAAAAGGAGAACAAGGAGUUCUUUAGAGCAUAUUUGCAAGUUGUCACUCCUAGGCCAUUCAGAAGUAGAUAUUUUCAGAGGGGACCAAAAUUGGCUAGAAGGAAAAACUGGAAAUGA